AUGGGUUUUGACUAUGAAAGCAAAGGACAUCACAUCUACUGGCCAGAAAAGCGCUCAGUAACUGUUGAACGCAUGGUACAAUUUAACGUUAAAAACAUACCUCUCAAUGUAAAUGAUGGGACUCCCUUUGGGCUUGAGGGGGAAAAUACUCUUGUAGAAGUCCAAGCACCUAAAGAGAGUCAAAUCAUUGAGAUUUUUAACAAUGAAGAUGCAUCGGAUGAAGGCGGACCUCUUAAUCCACCUGAUCCCCAAGACAACCAACUACCCCCUCUUCAACAACCUCCAGCUCUUCCAGCUAAAUAUAAACAAUGUUGA